GGCGUGGCUUAGGACGGGGCGGGGCGGCCGGUGGCGCUCGCGCUGCGGCCCGGCUGCGGCAGCGGAGCGAGGCCCGGCCCGGCCCGGCCCGGCCCGGUCCGGUUCCGCCAGGUUCUAUCCGGUUCCGCCCAGUUCUGUCCGGCCCGGUGUCUCCUCAGUGUUCCCGCUAUGGCGCUGCUGCGGGCGGCCGCGCUUCCCGCUGAGCAGUCUCCGGCCUGGCAGCCCACCCAUGUCCAGGUGACGGUGGUGCGGGCCCGCGGGCUGCGGUGCAAGGGCGGCGGCAAGCCGGGCACCAGCGACGCCUACACCAUCAUCCAGCUGGGCCGCGAGAAGUACAGCACCUCGGUGGCCGAGAAGAGCACCGGCAACCCCGAAUGGCGGGAGGAGUGCGCCUUCGAGCUGCCCCCCGAGCUGGGUGCCCCGGCGGGCCUGGCCCGCGGUGGCCUGGUACUCACCGUCAUGCACCGGGCCCUGGUGGGCAUGGACCGCUUCCUGGGCCAGGCCCUGGUGCCCCUGGAGCCUGCCCUGCAGCAGGGCCGCGCGCCCGAGGAGCGGUGGCACAAGCUACACUCCAAGGCUGGGAAGAAGGAGAAGGAGCGUGGUGAGAUCCUGGUGAGCAUCCAGUUUACGCGCAACAACCUCACAGCCAGCAUGUUCGACCUGUCCAUGAAGGACAAGCCGCGGUCACCCUUUGGCAAGCUGAAGGACAAGGUAAAAGGCAAGAAGAAAUAUGACUUGGAGUCAGCCUCUGCCAUCAUCCCCAGCAGCAUGGGUGCCCUGGACAUGGAGGAUGACUACGACAUUGGGGGCAAGAAGUCCAGAGUCAAGGGCUUCUUCUUCAAGAACAAGCUGCGCAAGUCAUCCCUAACGCAAUCCAACACCUCCCUGGGAUCUGACAGCACCAUCUCUUCUGCCAGCCUGGGCUUGGCUGCAAAUGUUCCUGAGGUAACCAAAUCCCCGAGCAGACACAGCAGUCUGUCCACAGAGCGCUCUGUGAAAGACUACUUGCCCUCUCCAAAACUGACCCACAAGAGAGCAUUCAGUGAUGAUGUCUCCCAAGUCAGCCCAGUCCUGGAGCCCAAAGCAAUCCAAAGCCUGAAGCCAAAGAAUGAUCCUGUGUCCCGGUCUUCCCUCUGUAUCAAUGGGAACCACGUUUACAGUGACGAGCCUGUACCAAAGAGCCCCAUGUCUGUCCCGCAGAGCUCUGCGCCACUGUCCGUGCCCAGCAUCCCCAAACGGCAGGAAGAGGGUUUUGGCUUCACUCCCCUCCAUUCUGACUCCCACGAGGUGCCUUGGGGGGUCAGCAACUUUGAGAGGACACCGCAGAGAGACGAGCCCAGGUUUAUCCCGUCUCCUCCCAGCUUAGCCUUGCAAGAAGAGCUCAAGGUCUCCACAAAAGCCGUCACUCUCAGUAACCAUCUGGGCAGAGCCAAGAUGGAAGAAAGCAGUCGCUUAGAGAACAAGCCAACUCAAGCUGCAAUGCCCAUAGUCUUCUCCACGGAGACAACAAAGGACAAACAACCCGAGGAAAUGAGGAAGGAAGACAAGAAAGCAAAGGGCGGCCUCUUCCACCAUGGGGGCAACAAGAGCGAUGCAGGGAGCAAAGGCCAGGGGGAGAAAGUGGGACCCUCCCAUGGCUCAUCUGUCCACGUGAUGGCAGGAGGAGAUGAGAGGAGUAAGAGCGGUGGCUGGUUUGGUUCAAAGGAGCCCAAAGAGUCCCCUCAGAAACCCAGUUUCCCGUCUGAGCCGCAUGCUUCAACAGAGGUCGCUGGGAGCUUUUAUUCUUCUGAGGAUUGCAGUCCCUCUGCCUCCCUAAGACAUAAAGAUCCAGAGAGGGAGUCUCCAGCCAAAAGCGUUUGUGUCCCUGUUCCAGAAACUACUCCCCUAUCACAAGGAGACCUUCCUUCUCCAGACAAGAAACCUGUGGUCCCUCCUCCACUCUCAGAGUGGGACGAUACCUUCGAUGCCUUUGCGACCAGCAGGCUUAAGCCAGAAUUGAAGAAGGAAAACUUCUUUGCUUCGGUGGCAGCAGAGGGCAUGGCUUUCAUCGACGAUCCUGAUGCAGCCAGCCCCACAGAAAGAUUAGCCGAGCCAACUCGUGAGAAGGGGACAAAGGUAUUUGAAAAGGCUGAUCCACAAAUCAGCAGAGAAAUGCCUUCAACUCUACGGUCUUGGACAAAUUUCUCCAGUUUAGAUGUGGGGGCAAACUUGGUGAGCACAACCCAGGAAGCGACUGUGAUAGAGGAUGUGCUGAGCCCUGUGUCUGCAGGGUCAAUGGGAGGGAGGAGGAAAAGCAGCACGCCUACAGUUUGGACAGCUGCAUUUGCAUCGGGAAGCCCAGGGGAAAAAGAGGCUUCAGCAUCACUGAUUGCUGAAAAUAGUGCUAGGGAGGAAGGGGACAGUAAUGAGGAGGAACACUCUAGUGCAGGAACAAAUGGAUGGAUGACCAUAGCCACUGAAACUGCUCCUGACCUGUCAGAGAGCACCCAAAGCGUGGCUGAGCAGGAGCCUGUGGGUCAGGAUAGCGCAUUUGGCCCACGACCAGCCUUCCUCGGUGAAGGCACCUUUGAAGCGAAAAGUGGACCUUGUGCUGCCGCUUGUGUGUUGCCCAGAAGCACCUUCACCUCCGAAACCCUGCCAGGCAGCAACGUGGUGGCUGUGCCCCCACGGGUGCUUGCAGAUGUGGCACCACGACAGUUCCCUCUGGUCCCCAAGCCAGGGAUGGAGCCCCAGGGUGCUGGCAGCGAGGAGGAAACAUUCGACAUACGGACUUCAAUCUACCGGCUCCAGGCUACCAUGCGGCUUGAGGCCAGUGAAAACCGUGUAAAACUCAGCUCCGACAUUUGCGAGAGGCAUGUUGUCCUCUCUCAGUGGACAGAUACCAGAGAGAGAGAGGAGAUGGCAGCAGGCUCAGCCAUGCCACCCCCCAAACCUCCGAGGUGGUUUGCAGCUGCAGGAGGCAGAGGGGAUGAUGAUGAUGAGGAUGCUUGUGACCCACAACUGAGGCAGCAAGGCAGCGAGGAACGACGGGAAGACACAGAAGGCCCCAAGGCAGACACGGAGGUGCCGAGGAGCCAUCUGAGCAGUGAGCCCUCUGUCCCAGUGUCUCCCAACCCACCUGCACUGGGAGUAGACACAGCUGAAACCAGGAGCGAGUUCCCAGUCUCUAAGGAUGCUGAAUCUGCUGCUACGGACUCAGCAGCUAAUUUGGAGGUGGCAGCUGACAAGGUGGCAAAAGGGGACACUUCUCUGGGGGAAGACCAGUCAGAGAUGAAUGAGAUGGAUGUGGCUGAGCAGUUUGAGACUUGCCCAUCGAAGUUCUUCCUAGACGGAUUAGGCCAGUCAGGUGCUAAGGAGAGCUGGAGCCAGCCAGGUUUAUCCCCUCUGAUGGGGGCCACAGACAGUGCUGACUGGGACAUGGCCUCCAAGCAGGAGCUGUUCCCUGAGGAGCUCAGGAUGUCAGGACUAAACCAACCUUCCAAGCUAGACUUGGGUCAGUCGGAAAUCUUCUGGACGGCUCUGGAAGAGCAGGAGGCAGCCGGUCACCCUGUGGGUGUUGGCUCGGCGGUGCGACCCCAAAGGUUAGCGCAUGGGGAGAGUCCACCCCAGCUGGAGCCGGCAUGGGAUGAUGGUGAGGGGCGGCACGAGCCAGUGGCUGGUCCCACCAGGCAAGCAGGAGGCCAGCCUGAGCCUUUUGCCUCCAUGGCAGUGGUCAGCCCUCCCCAGGAGGCAGAGCAGGGCAGACCCCCAGCCAGUGAGCCCGAGGGGCCAUUGCACCAGUUCUCAGCAGACAGCAGGAUAGACUUCAAGAAGGCUGAUUUCUGGAAGCCAGAUAGGGUGGAGGAGAGGCACAAGCAGGACGCUUCAGCCUCCAGAAAUCCCUUUGCUCCAGCACUCAGCCCAAAUACCCCAAGCAAUCCCUUUGUGGAGAAGGCACCAGACCCUCUCCCUGUUGAAGCUGUGCUGCCCAAAAAGCUUGAUCAGGGCGGCUUCAGCUUCACCAACCUCCACGAGGAAGCCCUUGGGCAAGGCUUCCAGUCCACUAACCUUCCCGGGGACCCGCUAAGCAAGCCUCCUUUCCUGCAUGUGAACCAGCCCUUGGCCUUCUCCACCCCUUUCCUUGUGGCUGCAACUAACCCUAAACAGUUUGAUUUCCCUUCCCCUGUUGCGUGCCCCACGAGCAGUGGGGUCCCUGCCGCGACCAGCCGCGCAGCUGCCCAGCCCUGCCCUUUGCCGCAGUCCGGUGACACACAAGCUUCAGCGCUCGUGGUUUUGCCCAGGGAGACACAGCCAGCUGAGAAGCCCUUUUUCCAGCAGACAACCAGUCCUCACCCAGUGAAACCCAUCACUGCUGCGGUGCAAGAGGUCUCCAGUGAGAAGAAGCAGCAGCACAGGUCCAGCCUGACGACUGCUCUGAGCAAUGGCCUGGAGAAGCUGAAGACUGUCACCACAAGCAGUGUCCAGCCUGUGGCCCUGUCCUCUCAGCCGGAGAAAACAGACUCAAAGAAGUUAAAGGAUCCCACCAUACUGGACCAGUCAGCCAAGUAUUAUCACUUGACCCAUGAUGAACUCAUCCAGCUCCUGCUGCAGAGAGAGAAGGAGCUGAGCAAGAAGGAGGAGCACAUCCAUGAACUAGAGAACUACAUUGACCAGCUGCUGGUACGCAUCAUGGAACAGUCUCCCACGCUCCUCCAGAUCCCGCUGGGGGAAAGCAAGACCAAGUAACCUCUCCCCAGAGACCAGCCUCACUUGCCUAGAGCACUUCUCCAAUAAACACGCUGCAAACGUCCCUGCACCCCCGGCUCCUCUUACAAGAGGGCUCCAGUGGCUUCUGUUCACCGAGUUUAGCAGGAAAGGUUAUCUGCUCCUUCCCAGCCCAAGUUUAUCCCAGCUCUGGCUCCAGGGAGCUAUAGGGUGAUAGGCUGUCAUCCACCCUAUGGGGAGGAGCAGAGCCCUCCACCUGAGGCCAAUGCCUCCUUAGGUUCCUGUCAUUGUGACCAAGUGGCAUCUUUUCAGGCACUCGUCCUGCCAAUGCUUUAAGUGGUCCACAGACAUUUGAGAACUGGAAACCAACCACCUUGCCCACGUCUUCAUCCUGCUACUGCUGCUCUUCUGCCCAUACGCUUCCAUAUCUCUUUUCUCUGAAGUGGUGUACCCUGGCUGAGGGAUGGUGUUAAAUUGGUUGAUGACAUCAGGGAUGCUUAAACUGAGCAAGGCUCUACCAGCAUGUUACUGUUCGCUGAGCAGGCUCAGCAGGGCAGUGAGGGGAAGGAAGGGACUACUAUUGGAUGCCUCUUUCCCUUCUUUCCCCGUGUUGUACCGCCAAAUGAAGGGUCCCCAUCUGAAGAGCUAUCUCCAAUUUGUGCCGGUACCUGACCAUGUGGGAGAUGCUACACAAAGUGACAGUGCUGGAGUUGGAGGCUGUAAAGGACUCAAGGCGACAUCACUGCCUGACCGUGAGCGGUGUUGGUUCCUUUGCUGCCUGCACACAGAGUCAUGAUGCUGCCUCAGUUACCCAGCUCAAAACUGAACUCGCAGUAUGGAAGAAGGGCCAGUGCUGGUUUGUGCACCAGUAACACUGCAGGAGAUCUUCUGGCACACCACCCAACCUGUCACCGGGCUGUCUGGCACCAGUGUGCCCUGGGGGGACUCCUGUAUGCAUAAACCACAGCUGAAUUUUCUACUCAGUAUUAUGCUUCCCCCUUUCCCGCAUCCACAGGAGUUCCUUUCCACUGGCUGCCCACCACCACUGACUUUGUGUUGUCUUUCUCAACGCAACAGGAAGAUGCCAUCGGGACCGAAGCUCGUGUGCAGAGAAGGAUGUCUGACUGCCUGGCCACCUCUAUGCAUGACAUCCUGCUAGGUCAGGUGUAGAGAGCUUCACAAGCAUCGUGGCCUCUACCACUUGCAAUAAAGCUCACUACCGUCAGGCAUCCAUCAAACACCCUCUGUCAAAGCUAGCUAUUCAGUAAUCGCUGCAGACCCCCUUCAAGCCAGCAUUAGUACCAAACACUGCUUGAAUUGUAUUGCAUCUACAUGCCAGCGUCAGAUUUCUGGCAGCUUGGGCACGCCCUUAGGCAUUGUAGGCCAGCUCUCUCAGGAGUUGAAUGCUUCUUGCUGAUGUUCAGUGACCGUCUAAAAGCCUCCAAGUUAUGCAGUUUAAAAACCAUAGAUGGUGUUAGCCUGAGGUUGGUGAGUGAUGCUCCUGGCCACUCUGCAGUACAGUGCAGCUUUUGAUUUGGAGAUGCUAUGGAAGGGUAUAGGAAGGAGGUUGCUCCCUCUCUUGUUCUGCCAGGAUUUGGGCUAGAGAAGGUGCCUCUGCAGGUGGAGGGUCAGUUGGUGUGGAAUUUGAGCGUCUUGACAUGUAAGGCAUGUUCUCUCUCCUGCACAUCUCCUUGCCAAAGUUACUGGAUUCUUUUAAAACCUUCAUAUUCUUUUCUGCUUACUUGCUUCAAUGUAUAUAUGAGUUUGAAAAAUCGUGCCUUUUGCAAUAGGACAGUAGCAGUUUCCUACCAAAAAAGGCUCUGAAAUCCAGUUCUUAGUUCAACGCAACCCAUCUUGGGCAGCUUUCUUUUCUCUUUGCCUGCUAAUUUGAACUAGGUGAAUUUCUUUUUAAACACAGGCAGCACAGCCUUUCCACCCUGUGCACAGGUUGCUUUUGGUUUUUAGCAGUUCUGUCAGCUCACGUCACAUGGGAAGUAGAGGUAUUAAGAGAUGACACUUUGGGGAGAGCAGGCCAAAAUGUUCCAAAAUACAGCUGGAUAAAGACAUGCUCCAAGUCUGAGACUGGAGAAGCAGGCUGUUGGGGUAGGAGCUAUGGGGAGAAAAGGAGAUCUGGUGUCGCUGUCAUUGACAGUGGUCCUAUCUAGCCUGUAGACCAUCAUAUAAGGAGGAGGUUUUGUUACCUGGGAAGAUACUGGCCACGAGCCUUUUGUUCCCACCUGCCUUUGCCCCUAAUAGGAAAUAAUCUGGGGUUUUGCCCUUCUCUACCUGCAUCUUUACGUUCCUCUUCCCUGUGUAAGUCUCAGGUGUGGGGACUGUUUCUGGUGUAAGAAAGACAUGAAGGUCUGAGAGGAAGGUGUUUCUCCCAUUUUAGAAAGUACCAGAAACCUUUCUCUGCCUAUAUAAUCAAAAGAUCCCAUGGCCUGAGAACUAGAUUCCCUUUCUGGGUGCCUGUCUCUCAUGGAGAAGCUCUCCCUGUUACCUGAAGGUGGGCAGGGAGGCGUUGCAGACAGCUAGAAAGCAGUCCGGUGUCACAAGAGUGGUGUGGCGUGGCAUGAGAAGGAGGGCUGGGCAAAGGGGCAGCCGCACCGAUGGGCAGGGGCACUGAGCGUUGAAGGCUUACGUCUCACAGGUGCUAAUAAGGGGGAGAGCCAAAAUCUCACAUGAGAGCCAGGGGCCUAGGCUGGCUUUCCACUUCCUGAAAAAUUUCUGCUUCCUGGGACUUGGGCCCCAGUAGCGAUUGGCGUUGUAGGUGCUCCCCACACACAAGUGCCAAUGUUUAUAAGGAUCUUGCUGUACCUCCUCCCUCUUCCAUCGAGUUUCACCACCUCCCUAAUUCCCUCUCUGCCUUAGUCAGCUCUGCCUUUUUUUUUUCUCCAAAGCUUGAAUGUUAUGCACUUGAAUAUGUAAAGUUAAUCUCAGAGCUAUGGCAGGCUGUAUCUGGUGUACGGCCUUUUCAGCAAUACGUGCUUCCUCCCAUCACCUGCCUCCGUUGCGGUGGAGCAGCACAGUCCCCGAACUGCCUUCUGCCAUGGGAGCCUGUGCCAUCUCGGGGGAGGCUGGAGCAAGCGGAGCUAAAACACUCUUCUUGCCGUGACUUUAUGAUAGCGGAGUGUCUCCAAAGGCUGAAGCAGGGGUAUGGCACGCAUACCUUGGCAUCACAUGUGAGACAGAGGCUACGGCAAAAAAAAAAAUGGUGAUGACAGCAGAGGCUGCCCUGAUCUUUUGUGCCUGUCCUUGAGCGUUUAGAAGUCCAGAGGUGUCUACAAAUGACAACGUGUGCUUAGGAAAAGGCAACUUAAAGAUGCUUCUGUCUUCGUUCUCUGUUUCUCUGCCCCACUGCCCUGCAAAUGUGUGGGUUUUUUCCCCACGCACAAUUUUUAUUCCCUGCAUAAGAGAAGCAAGCUUUGUCACACCACACAGCAGCACUAAGCUGGAGUCUGUAUAAUUUUUUUGUUAAAACCUCUUAAGUUACCAGGGGAAAAUGGUUUUGAGGACCUAGAUAUUUUCUCAUUGGGGAGGGGUGAGAGGAAGAAGCUGGGGAAACGUUCUCAAGUUUUUCAUGUACCAAAUAUCCAUAUUUAGUGAUUUAUUUGCAAAAACAGGGAGGUGAGCGGCACUUUGGUCUGUGUGCAGCGUAACACUCCGAGGUCUGUUGCUCUUUGCUGAACCGGGCAAAAAAAAAAAAAGAGUUUUGAUGGGCCAGCAGCAGCUUUUCACUGGUUCUGUUUUAAACAUGGCCCUAACAAGGCCUCCAUGUUCUUGCCUCCUGGUCUGUCUGUCUCUCCUUGCUCAAGCUGUUUCACAAGGUCUUCCGCAGGGUGCUGUUGCUCACAGCUGUGCUCUGCCUUUGUUGUCAGCCCACAGCUGGGUUUCUUGCUUUUAAAGAACUCUGGCCAAGUGAUUUAUUUUUGCCUUGACUGGCUCUUCUGGCCCAGAGUCACGGGCCAGGAGAACCACAGAGGUGUGUCCUUAAACUGGAACAAACCUGAAGGGAUGUCAUGUAGACUCAGCCUUACGACUUGUCUGUGAAGAAACCGCUGUGUGUUUUGUGUUAUAAACGCGGGGUGGAAAAACAUCCCAAAAUGGGAGAGGUAAGCACUGGGGUUUUUGGAGUUGUUGAUUUCCCCGUGCAGGAAGGGGUUCUGCGUGUUUCAUGUUUUAAUAGUUGCAACUAAUGUUUAUAAAGAGCUUGUUAUUUACGUUUUAAGCACUUUAAAAAAAUAAUAAAAGUUGUUCAAGCUGUUCCUA